AAUGUUUUUGGCUUUUGACUAUAAUACUCAUAAUCAGCGAAUGAAUCUGAGAAAGAAAGAGGAAUAUCAUUGAAAGUAAUAAAAAUAGUUAUGAAUCAAUGUAUAAAACAAAGUUUUUAAGAAAAUUGAUAUUUAGAAAAUAUUAUAGCACAUUUCAUCGGGAAAAUAUGAACAAAGCAAUAUUCAAUAAACCAAUAGAAAAUUCAAUCAAGAAAAAACUGGAAACUACCUUGAGACCCCUGUAUUGCAAUGUCAUUAAUGAAUCUUACAUGCAUAAUGUUCCCAAGGACUCCGAGACACAUUUCAAGGUAGUAAUAGUAUCAGAAAAAUUUAACAAGCAGCCACUGAUCGAGAGACAUCGAAUAAUAAAUAACUUAUUGCAAGAGGAACUGCAAGGAGGCGUACAUGCUUUAUCAAUAGUUGCGAAAACACCAGAGCAAUGGGAAGCAAGCAAUAAAACAGUGACUGUUAGUCCUGCUUGUAGAGGUGGUUUCGGAAAAUAAUGUUAUUUAAUAAUUUAACGAUUAAUUAAGGAUAAUAAUUUAUGAAAAUAAAUUAUGCAAUAUAUGUAAUAUAAGUAAUAAACAUAUUUUACUGCAA